UAUUUUUGGCUCAGGCCAGCCAUUGUUCUAUUUCUGCCGCUGCUGGGCCGUGCGGGUGUCAAUUCAAAUGCAAAUGAGUUAUCGCUGCUGCUCCCGCCAACUUCGCCCAGCCGCCCGGCCAAGGGAGAGCCGGCCGGGGAGAGGAGAGGGGCGCGGGGACAGCAGCGCUGGUCCGGGCUGGGAUGGGGUUUCUGGACGUGAACAGCUCUUGGCUCAGCAAAGAAUGCACAGUAUGAUCAGCUCAGUGGAUGUAAAGUCAGAGGUUCCCGUGGGAUUAGAGCCUAUCUCACCAUUAGACUUGCGAACUGAUCUCAGGAUGAUGGUUCCCAUGGUGGACCCAAUUAUGCGUGAAAAGCAACUACAGCAGGAACUACUUCUGAUCCAGCAGCAGCAGCAAAUUCAGAAACAACUGCUGAUUGCAGAGUUUCAGAAGCAGCAUGAAAACCUGACCCGCCAGCAUCAGGCCCAGCUCCAGGAGCACAUAAAGUUACAACAGGAACUCCUAGCCAUUAAACAACAGCAAGAACUCCUUGAAAAAGAGCAGAAACUGGAGCAGCAGAGACAAGAACAGGAACUGGAGAGGCAUCGCAGGGAACAACAGCUUCCUCCCCUCCGAGGCAAAGAAAGAGGCCGAGAAAGGGCAGUGGCCAGUACAGAAGUGAAGCAGAAACUUCAAGAGUUCCUGUUGAGUAAAUCAGCAACAAAAGACUCCCCAGCGAACGGGAAGAAUCAUUCCAUGAGCCGCCACCCCAAGCUCUGGUACACGGCUGCCCACCAUACCUCACUGGAUCAAAGCUCUCCACCCCUGAGCGGGGCCUCGCCACCAUACAAGUACACUUUACCAGGAGCACAGGAUGCCAAGGAUGAUUUUCCACUUCGUAAAACGGCUUCAGAGCCCAAUUUGAAGGUACGUUCAAGGUUAAAACAAAAGGUGACAGAAAGGAGAAGCAGUCCUUUACUCAGGAGGAAGGAUGGAACCGUCAGUUCAUUCAAGAAGAGACUCUUCGAGGUGACAGAAUCCUCAGUCAGUAGCAGCUCCCCUGGAUCAGGUCCCAGUUCCCCAAGCAACGGUCCAACCAGCAGUAUAACAGAAAAUGAAACCUCAGUUUUGCCAUCUAACAUUCAAGCUGAGCAUCUGGUUUCACAGCAACGCCUUUUGAUACAGGAUGAAUCAGUGAACUUGUUGAGUCUGUACACAUCCCCUUCUCUGCCCAACAUUACCUUGGGACUUCCAGCAGUACAACCUCAAAUCAGUGCUUCGUCGUCAUUCAAAGAAAAGCAGAAGGGGGAGAACCAGUCGCUCAGACAAGGAGUGGCCUUGGCUGGACAGUAUGGGGGAAACAUUCCUCCGUCAUCAACUCAUCCUCACAUUGCUUUGGAGGGAAAGCCAAAUAGCAGCCACCAAGCUCUCUUGCAGCAUCUGUUACUGAAAGAACAAAUGAGACAGCAAAAACUUCUUGUGACUGGAGCGGUUCCUCUUCAUCCACAGUCUCCUUUAGCAGCAAAGGAGAGAGUGUCACCUGGCAUAAGAGCUGCCCACAAACUGCCUCGUCACAGGCCACUGAAUCGAACCCAGUCAGCUCCUCUUCCUCAGAGUACUUUGGCUCAGCUGGUCAUUCAGCAGCAACAUCAACAAUUUUUGGAGAAGCAGAAACAGUACCAGCAGCAGAUCCACAUGAAUAAGAUGCUAUCUAAGUCCAUUGAGCAGCUCAAGCAGCCUGGCAGUCACCUGGAGGAGGCUGAAGAAGAGCUUCACGGAGAUCCCUCAAUGCCAGAAGAGCGAGCUCCCACCAGCGGUGCCAGCGUUAGGGCUGAGAGCAGCAGUGCUGGUGCGGAUGACAGAAUAGGACAGCAGGUGGGGGCUGUGAAAGUCAAAGAGGAGCCACCGGACAGUGAUGAGGAUGUUCAAACCCAGCAAAUGGAAUCUGGGGAGCAAGCUGCUUUUAUGCAACAGGAGUUCCUGGCACAUCGGCGUGUCCACCAGUUGCAAAUCUACCAGGCUCAGAUGGCUACAGUUGGCAUGGCGGGAUUAGAUAAACAUCGGUCGGUGUCCAGGACCCCGUCUUCCCCCACUGAUUCCACAUUACCUCUCCCAGACAUGGACCAGCCCAGCCAGCAUGUCUACACAACUGGUGUUGUGUAUGACAGUCUGAUGCUGAAGCACCAGUGCAUGUGUGGCAACUACGCUAAUCACCCUGAACAUGCUGGAAGGAUCCAAAGCAUCUGGUCAAGGCUGCAAGAAACUGGGUUGCUAAACAAGUGCGAGCGAAUUCGAGGUCGAAAAGCCAGUCUGGAGGAAAUACAGCUGGUUCACUCUGAACAUCAUUCACUGCUGUAUGGCACCAGCCCCCUGAACAGACAGAAGCUGGACCCCAGGAAACUCCUAGGAAACGUGUCUCAAAAACUCUUUUCCUUGUUGCCUUGUGGGGGACUUGGGGUAAGUAGAUGCUUGUUUUUUUCACAAGCGGGACAAUAUGCAACAUAUAUAUUAAUUCAUGAAUUCUAUAGCACUAUUGCAUUGUCAGUUCAAAAUCCUCAGAAGCUGAUAAAAAUGACUCACAGUUACAUGGCACUGACUGUGUCAUAUUUUCUGCAGAGGUCAUCAAAAUAUGUGAUCGAAAAGGACAUCCUGAAUGGCUUUGCUGUUGUAAGGCCCCCAGGCCAUCAUGCUGAAGAAUCAACAGCCAUGGGGUUCUGCUUUUUUAAUUCGAUUGCAAUUACUGCCAAAUACUUGAGAGACAAGCUAAAUAUAGGCAAGAUAUUGAUUGUAGAUCUGGAUGUUCACCAUGGCAACGGUACACAGCAGGCUUUUUAUGCUGACCCCAGCAUCCUGUAUGUUUCCCUCCAUCGCUAUGAUGAAGGCAACUUCUUCCCCGGCAGUGGAGCCCCAAAUGAGGUUGGAACUGGCCCUGGUGAAGGGUAUAACAUAAAUAUUGCUUGGACAGGUGGCUUAGAUCCUCCUAUGGGUGAUGUUGAGUAUCUCACAGCAUUCAGGACUGUGAUUAUGCCAGCUGCCAAUGAGUUUGAUCCAGAGAUUGUCCUGGUGUCAGCGGGAUUUGAUGCUGUGGAAGGCCACGACCCUCCGCUGGGUGGCUAUAAAGUCACAGCUAAAUGUUUUGGUCACCUAACCAAGCAAUUGCUGAAGCUAGCGGAUGGCCGUGUUGUGUUGGCACUGGAGGGAGGACAUGACCUUACUGCCAUCUGUGAUGCAUCUGAAGCCUGUAUAAACGCCCUUUUAGGAAAUGAGCUGGAGCCUCUCCCAGAAGAUAUUGUGCACCAAAUCCCCAAUAUGAAUGCAAUAGCUUCUUUAAAAAAGACCACUGAAAUUCAAAGCAAGUACUGGAAAUCAGUGGAGCCAUAUUCUGUGCCAGUGGAUUGUGCUCUGGCCGAGUCUCAGAAACAAGAGAGGGAGGAGACAGAAACAGUAUCUGCUAUGGCCUCUCUUUCAGUGGAUGUUGAGCAGUGUAUCCCUCAGGAAGGUAGCAGAGCUGCUGGCGAGCCCAUGGAAGAAGAGCCAGCCUUGUGAAGUGCCAAGUCCUCCCUGAUAUUUCCUGUGGGUGACAUCAUUGUGUAUCCCCCCAAAGCACCCUCAGACAUGUCUUGUCUGCUGCUUGGGUGGCACAGAUCAGAUGGAACAUAAACACUGGGCACAAAACUCUGAAUAGCAGCUUCACUUGUUCUUUGGAUGGACUUGAAAGAGCCCUAAAGAUUUCUUAAAUGUAACCGCUACAAUUCUAGAGUUACAGUAAAACGGGCUUGGGAGAAAGAGCCUAGAGCAUGCUUUUUAUAUGCUGUUUGACCCACUCACCAACAUAAAUUGUGAAGUAGAGUAUUACAAAAUUCUACAUGAUAGAUUAUAGAUAUGAGAAUUGCAACAGCCAGCAGAAUACUCGGUAAACUCCAUGAAUCACUUUCUGACACUUUUUACUGGGUAAUUUUUUUUCAUACUGUGUUAAAUUGUUAACAGAAUUUGUUUUCUUUGCUCUGUGUAAUGGAAAAAAACAAAACACCACCUUUACUUUACAUGCCAUUUUUUAACUCCCUGAAACGAGUUCUUAGCUGAAUAAGUGAAAGGUGUGUAAAUUACAAUGAGGGAUUUUAGCUAAAGGGAAAGCACUUCUUCUUGUACUAUAAAUCCCUGAAGUACUGUGCUUGGUGGUGCUUUAUUUUCUUUUCCCUUUUCCUGGCCAUCCCUCCCCAUUUCAUGUAAUCUUUUCUAUCAUAAAAACACAUUCACGAUUCUCUAAAACGAGCGAUCCUCUGCCUUUAAAAAAAAAAGUGCUGUACCCUCCGUAGCUGACAGUAGCUCUCACCAUAUGUGCAGCAGAGAUCAAGUAGUCUCUGAAAAAUGGAUGGCUUUUCAAACGUGUUUUUAGUUUGUUCUGAAAUGUUUCUGCGUCCUGACUCUAAGAGCAGCGAUCUUCAGUAAGUGCGUGCAGCUCAUUUGAAGCUCAGGUGUUUCUGUGGAGGUUGUGUUGGAGGUGUUUUUUACAGGUCGUCAUGUGAAUAUGAACUGAUUCUUUUAUGUAGUCCUGCACCAAGAGAACUGAUGUUGCUUAAGAAGCUUCAAAGGGUUUAGGCUUUAUUUUAGAUCCCCAAAGUGCAGCAAGAUCUCCCUGCAAUGUGACUUUAGCUGUUUAAUUCCAUGUUUGAGAACGUAACAUAGAGUUGUGCCUUUAGCUGAUAAUGAACGCUUAAACUGUUACACGUGUUGCCUUACCAUCAGAGAAAGAGAUAGGGCAUGUAUGUAAGACUACUUCAAAUGAACAAAACUCUGCUACAGCAACUUUUAUUUUGUUUACAACUUUCUCACCUAAUGAACCCUGGGAGAUACCUUGAGGUAUUCAACUUACAGUAUUUGAUAGCUCGCUCAGCUUUUAAAAGUGAGUGAUGUUCAUUUUUAUAUAUUUUCCAAACUCAAAA